UCGUUCUUGGCCACGUGGCUGUCUGUUUACGGUUUGUAAAUCAAGAGUAUAGUACGUACAAGGCGCUAGGCUAGGCUAGGCACCUACAAGGUGGAUGAUGGCUUUAUCAGAGGAGCUGGUCAAGGACUGGAGCACCAAAGGCCAUGACAAGGCCCUUGCUUUAUUUGAGGACGUACUCUCCACUGGGACACAUGGAACCGACUGUGUGGAGUUGCGUGGCAUGCUGUACGACCUGCUCAAGCACUGUGUGACUGGGGCACUGGACGGACAGGAUGUGGCCACCUUUAUCUCAGAACUCACAUCUAUAUACGACUUGGACACUGAUUUGCCCUCUGUACUCUCUGACCUAUUGGCCGUGCUUGAUGCUGAGACGAUCAGCAAUGAGAACAAGGAUGAGAGGACUGCAUUUGUUUCCGUGACAACCGCUCUUAUGAAAACUGUUGGAGAGCCGCUGCUGAAGGAGCGACUAGAGAUGGAGACACUGGAGCAAGUCAGUCUGGUCCCUUCAGCUAGGAAUUUCAAUCAGAAAUAUGUCAAGACCAAAACAAAGUUAUUCUACAAGCAGCAGAAGUUUAACCUGUUCCGAGAGGAGAACGAGGGCUACUCUAAGCUGGUGGUGGAGCUGGGUCACGAGGAGAGGCCACUGGCAGCUGCUCCAGCCAUGCUCGACAAUAUACGCUCUCUCAUUGGUCGUUUCAACCUUGAUCCUAACCGAGUGCUGGAUGUUAUCCUGGAGGCAUUUGAGUGCCACCUGGAUCAGCACGAGUUCUUCCUCUCUCUUCUCCACGACUACCCCUGUGAAAAGAACACCUUUGUUAACGUCCUCGGCUUCAAGUUCCACCAGUUCCAGAGUGCUGAUGGCAGUACUGACUCUCCCACCCCCUCGUCCCUCUACAAGCUCUCUGCCCUCCUCUUACACCGCGGAUUAGUCACACUAGAGGACUUGUACCCUCACUUGUCUCAGAGUGACUCCACACUCAAGGAGCUGCACCAAUCAUCACUGGAUGAUGCCCUCACUCGAGCAAAGAGGGCCAAUAUUGUCUCCUUUGCAGAGAAAAGUGAGGAAACACUACAGAAAGAAGCAGACGCUGAGCAAGAGAAGAAGGUGCAAAGAGAGCGUCUGCUAUCGAUAGAGUUCAACCAGAAGCUUGGACUAUGCCACGCCCUCAUUGAGUUCGGGGACUGGGAGGGGGCAUGCUCUCUUAUGAAACUCCUCCCACAGUUCCUGGCCGUCUGGUCGCCCCCGGUAGCACGCUCACUCUGUUCACUCAUCUCUCACGUCCUAGAGCCACUCUAUAGAAACUACGCCUCUCGUGCUGUGAAGGGGAAGCCCCGUAGUAGCACCACCCUUCCCAUCCCCACCUGCUCCAAGAUGGAGGACCUGUACCCUCUCACUAUCGACAUGCUCUGUCACCUUGGCCCUGCCCUACACUCUGACCCCAUCCUAAUUGCGAAACUCCUCAGACUUGGAAGACUGUUCUUCAAGGAGAGGGCCUCCAUCAAAGCCAGUGGGGAGCUUCCCUCGCAAGAGAAGGAGCUUGUGUAUCAAGGGCUCCUAACAAUCUUGGAUGAGGUCUUACUGCCGUCUCUCUGUCUGUUGCCUAGUAACUGUGGGAUGGCCGAGGAGGCUUGGGCCAUGGUCAAGCAGCUGCCUUAUCAGACCAGAUACCAACUGUAUGGAAGAUGGAAGAACGACUCGUUCCAGCAUCAUCCUGAGCUGAUUGAUGCCAAGACAGAAACCCUCAACAGAGGAAAGUUCAUUAUGAAACGUAUCACCGUGGACAACAUCAAGCCAUCAGGGAGACAGAUUGGAAAGCUCAGCCACAGUUUUCCGGGAGUCAUAUUCGACUACGUGUUGUCUCAGAUCCAGCGCUAUGAUAACUUUAUCUCUCCUGUGGUAGAUUCCCUCAAAUAUCUCACCCCACUCGGCUAUGAUGUCCUAGCAUAUUGUAUCAUUGAAGCACUUGGUAGUCCACAGAAGGAGAGAAUGAAGUACAACGAUACAAACAUCUCACAAUGGCUGAAAGGCCUCUCAAGUUUCUGUAGCAACAUCUUCAAGAAGUACUCCAUUGAGCUUACUGGACUCCUACAGUAUGUGGCCAACCAGCUCAAGGCAGGAAAGAGCGUGGACCUGCUGGUCCUGAAGGAGGUGAUUGUGAAGAUGGCUGGCAUUGAUGUCACAGAGACAGUGACUAGUCAGCAACUGGAGGCACUCUCUGGGGGAGAGCUGCUCAAAGCAGAGGGAGCUUAUUAUGGGCAGGUGCGCAACACUAAGAAGUCGUGUCAGCGUUUGCGAGAGGCGUUGGUUGAUGCCAAACUGAGCCACCCCCUCCUCCUGCUCAUGGCCCAACAGAGGGACUGCAUCGUACACGUGGACGGAGAGUCACGCCACCUCAAGCUGGUCGGAAUGCUCUAUGACAAUUGCUUGGACACCUUGGUUCAGUUUGGAGAGUUCCUGUCUAUACACACCAGCCCAGAUGAGUACAAAGGUCGUCUGCCAUCCCUGACGGAGCUCCGCCUAGAUUACCACCUCCCUGUGGAUGUGGCCUUCUACAUGCUCAGACCUGUCCUGCACACCGCUAUCACUGACAAGUUCUUUGCCCUUGAGGAGGCUGCCGGUUCUGAGAAACUAGACAAGAAAGCCAAAGCCUCUAGACAAGAGGCCAACUUCCGCUCUGCUUGUUGUGAGGUGCUUGAUCCAGUGGUGGAGGCAGUGAGGGGACUGCAUCCAGCUAAAGUGUGGGAGGACGUCAGCUGUCGCCUCUAUACCACCUUCUGGGUACUCUCCACCUAUGACCUUUACGUGCCGACUGGUCGCUAUGACGAGGAGAUCGGCAGAGCCAAACAGGCCAUCAAGGACUUGGACAGCUCCUCUGAUAUGACAAGCAGCAAGAAGAAGAAGGAACAGGACAGAAACUCCGUCCUCAUUGAGAAGCUCCAGGAGGAAAAACAACGACAAGAAGAUAACCAUCGUCUCGUCAUGAGCUGGAUCAAGCACGAAAAGGCCAACUGGUUCAAUUCAAAAGUUGCCAAGAAUCGUACCAUCACUCAGUUCCUACAGCUGUGUGUGUUCCCGCGUUGUCGGUUCACGACCCUUGAUGCUCUUUAUUGUGCCCGCUUUGUGAUUGCCCUCCAUUCUCAGCAGACACCUAACUUCUCCACACUUCUCUUCUUUGACAGAAUGUUCUCUGACAUUUCCUACACUGUGUCCUGCUGUACUGAGAAUGAAGCCAUGAGAUACGGUCGUUUCCUCGGUGCUUUACUGGAGACGGUGAGUCGAUGGCACUUGGAAGACUCUGUGUACAGUCUCGAGUGUGCCAAGACACCUGGUUUCAUCUCCAUGAUGAGGUCAUCCGGCCAGGGAAAUGAGAAGCAAGAUCUCGACUAUGAGAACUUCCGGCACAUCACCUUCAAGUGGCACUUCAAACUCACCAAGUCAUUUGCAAUUCUUCUGGAGUCCAAGGACUAUCUACAGCUUCGCAAUGCACUCUUCGUGCUGAUCAAGAUCGUGCCGUAUUACCCGAAGGUGUUCCAUUUGAGCAUCGCUCUGGAGAAGAGGCUGGAGAAGAUCUUGGAGGAGGAGAAGGACAAGAGGCAGGACCUCUACACACUUGCCUUGGGGUGUGCUGGUAAGCUGAAGGCACAUAAACCGAACCUGAUACCGGAAGCAGAAUUUCACAUCCGAGAGGAGAGGGUCAAAGCGCAGCAGUCUGAUCACAAGGAUGAUGGCCUACGAGGUGCCUCUUCAAAAUCUGCAUCGAAAAAAGUGGCUCCCACGUCGUCUAAGAUCACAUCUACCAAAGCCACACCGGCUACCACUUCUAGGGGUUCAUCUAAGGCCACACCCACAUCCUCAUCUAAGACCAAAGACGUUAAAGAAAAGGGUAACGAGGAGUCUGCUGUAAAGGUAACUGAAGAUAGUGACCCAUCUGCAGGCGGAAAAAACUCAGGAAAGAGCUCGAGAAGCAGUUCCGGGGAGAGGACUCAGUCUACAGUGGAGAGGAGUCAGUCGCCAAGUGAGACCAAAGCCAAAGAGAAAGGUGGCAAUGGAAGCAAGAGCUCCUCAAGUUUGUCCACGACAGUGAGGAAGUCACGAACGUCCAUUGAGGGUUCCAGUAAUGGAGGUAUAGAUGAGAAAGGUGUUGUUAAGGUAAGGAAGAGUAGUCCGGCCACGCCCACUGGACCAGCAGCUGCUGUUUCCCCUCGUACCGGCACCAGGCGACACCAGAUAGACUCUCCAGACCCCUCACUUGAGAAGGACGUAAAGAGGCGUAAGAUUGAUGACAGCUCUAGCAAGUCUUCACUCUCGGAGAGGACAGCUAGAGAACCGACGGAGGCAGCUGCUCCCAACGGAGACCAGAAGUCUGACAAGCGGCGAUCAGACAGAAAGAGGCUAGUGGAACUAACUGUUGAGAAGGAUGUGUCAGAGACUAAGAGGAGGAAGGACUCGCCUGCCAGUCACGCCUCCAGCGACUCUGAUGUCAAGGAAAAAAAGAGGCUAAAAGUGGUACAAAAAGAAACCAAGUCAAGUAUCUCCCCUAUUACCACGAAGAAGAUACCAAGUGAGGACAAGACAAAGAAACCACCCUCUAUAAAGAUACGUUCAGUGCGGAAGUGAGAUCUAUUUUCUUCUUUCUCUGCCCACAAACACAAAAAUACAUUCAGUCUUUAUAAUAUAUUAUUAUAGUAUGAUAUUCUUGCAUUCCCCUACCUGUGCAUAUAAUUAUCACUGCUGUUCUGAAUAAUUAUAAAUGAUCAUCAA